AUGACUAGAUUGAUACUUUCCACGUCAAAUAUUAUGGUCGGAGGUCCUUCCAUUAUUAGAAAACCCGGCGCGGACCGGUCAAAUCUUGAACUUACAAACUCCCUCCGAAGCAAUUUUCUAGCUGCGCAGCAAGACUAUUCACCCACUCCCUCGUAUGCAAAUGGAGUCAAUGGAUAUGAUGAAUCCGAUGAAGAGAAUAGAUCGCCGAGUCGACCGCCAGUUUCCAUUUGGACAACUAGACAAGACAAUGACUUUUAUAUCCCCACCAUAGACUGGUCUCUAUCCGGGCUCGCAGAAGAGCCCAGGAACUAUGAAAUCACUGUUAAACUAUUUUAUAUGGCCCAUACGGAUGUGAAGUCAAGGUCAAAAUACACAAAAGAUGCUCUAAAUUUGGUCAUGAAAGAAUUGGGUGUCGAGUCAAUUGAUCUCCUAAUCGUUUCAUUUCCCGGAAUGUCCUUUGACGGUGACUGCGAAUGGGAAGCAGACAAGAAGAACUCGGAACAAGGAAACGAAGCCGAAGAACUUGGGACAUGGCCAAUAUUGGAAGAACUAUAUGAGCAAGGAAUUGUAAAGAAAUUGGGAUUGGCCGAAUUUGGCACAGCGAAACUUGCUAAGUUUCUAGGGAAUGUCAGAGUACGACCACAAGUCGAUCAGAUAAAUGUGAAAGAUUGUUGCAGAGUUCCACAGCCUUUGCUCAAGAUCGCCAAACAAGAGAACAUCGAACUUUAUACUCACAAUGAUUGCACCGAUAUAUUGCCUGGGGGAACAUUGCGGGAGCUUUUGGGACAAGGAGUUAGAGGCGCUGGUGUGCUGUCAGAAUCUAAGAGGGGAAUUGAUGGUAUGAAAGGUGACUUGAAGCCGGAAUGGGUAGUCAAAUAUACCGCAAUUGUCCGGGAUCGUGGCGUGAUAGAAAAUAAGGGAUAUUUCGCUUCGGCAGAAUUGAGAGAGUGA